AUGGGUGAAGUUGUAGAAUUUCUGACAGCGCACAAAAAUGGAAGACAAUUUUAUAAAUUCUCAAACAAUAGCCUAACAUUUUCACUAAAAGGCAGUGGUUAUGCAGUUAUUGGUCUAUCUGAUUCGCCCGAAGUGAAAUAUAGAAAUCAUUGGAUAUAUAUAAACAGACAUGGCCACACUGGAGUAACAGAGUAUCAAAGUGUUCACAGUGAACAUGAAGUUCUUAUAGCAGUUGAGACACCAGACAUUAUUAGUGAAGAUAGAUAUCAAAAAUUCUGGCUAACCUGGUAUGAUAAACUGGAAUUGGGGAAGUCUGGUAUUACAGAACCAAUAUUUUCCCAUGAGAUAGUCAAUAACAAUAUGAAAUAUGUCUCAUUUGCUAGUCAACAGAAUACAAAUAGUGUAGAAUGGAGGUUUGUAUCGCCACCUCUUAUUGAAAGACCCGUUCUUAAACCAAUAGAAGGAGGCAAGAUGUAUUGGGUAAAAUAUGAUGGGCUGUUACCCUAUGGAGCGUUAAUAGGUGGCUACGAAAAUGAAUUCCUAUAUAUAAUGCGAGCACCUCACGAGGGGUCGCUGACUCCAGGAAAGUUUGUCCCAUCGACUAAAUGUGGCUUUGUAUCAUGGGGCGGGUAUAUGCAUUUGAAAAAUAAGUUUGAGAUACUCUGUGGCCACGACUGCACCUGGGUUAAAACUAGAGGAAACGUUAUACCUUGCGGAGCUCUACCCGCGGGAUACACGGAGUACGAUUCAGCAACAGUGUAUAUAGGAAGGUGUAAAAGAGACAAACAUACAAUACCUGGAAAAGUUGCAAAUUCGGAUUGCGUUUGUUUCUUUCCCUACAAUGGCGAGGAAAUUUAUGACGCGGAAUAUGAAAUAUUGGUCGCGCCAUAUUCAAGCCCGAGAUAUAGUCCUAGCAAGACCGUUCCUAAUGUAAAGGUCAGAGACUAUAUUGAUCAGAAUAUAUGA